AUGCCACUAUCGUGUAGAUUUUAUCAAGAAAAGUAUCCAGAAGUAGAAGAUGUGGUGAUGGUGAACGUCAGAUCGAUCGCUGAGAUGGGCGCUUACGUACACCUGCUCGAAUACAACAACAUUGAGGGCAUGAUAUUGUUGUCUGAAUUGUCGCGUCGACGUAUCCGAUCUAUUAACAAAUUGAUCAGAGUGGGAAAGACAGAGCCUGUUGUCGUCAUCAGAGUCGAUAAAGAAAAAGGUUAUAUAGACUUGUCAAAACGUCGUGUAUCAGCAGAAGACAUUGACAAAUGCACAGAGAGGUAUGCAAAAGCAAAAGCCGUGAACUCGAUUCUCAGACACGUAGCAGAGUUGUUGCACUAUGAGAGCUCCGAGCAAUUAGAAGAGCUUUACAAGAAAACAGCUUGGCUUUUUGAGGAGAAAUACAAGAAGAAGGCUUCGGCUUAUGAUUUCUUUAAACAGGCUGCUGUAGACCCUUCAGUGCUAAACGAAUGUGGUCUCGACGAGAACACAAAAGAAGUCCUUCUAGCCAACAUCAAGCGUAAAUUAACGUCUCAAGCAGUGAAGAUCCGAGCGGAUAUUGAGUGUGCGUGUUACGGUUACGAGGGCAUUGACGCGGUGAGGACAGCAUUGAAGUCGGGCCUUGCAUUAUCUUCUGCGGAGAUGCCUAUUAAGAUCAAUCUUAUUGCACCACCUUUGUAUGUAAUGACCACGUCAACGCCUGAAAAGGCGGAUGGGCUCAAGGCGCUGCAGGACGCCAUCGACCAGAUUAAGGAGACCAUCACGAAGGCUGGCGGAGUGUUCAACGUACAAAUGGCGCCGAAGGUUGUGACGGCCACGGACGAAGCCGAGCUGGCGCGACAGAUGGAGCGUGCAGAGGCUGAGAACGCAGAAGUCGCGGGAGACUCCGCGGAGGAAGAUGAAGACGGAGGCAUGGGCGACGCAAACGUGGAUGAGCCGCAACAAAACGGCGCUUCGGACGACGACGACGAAAACUGAACAGCCUAUAUCUCAAACCACAUUGUACAGAACACCCUGUACUCGAGUACAGGAUAGGCUGUACGUCUUGCGUAUAGAUGCGGGCGUCGCUCUAUUUCAAGUGCGUGUGGACGUCAGAGCUCAAACUUAAAUUGGUUGCCUAAGGUCUGUAUUAUAUUUAUAAGUAAUUAAGUUGGGUAUAUAGGUGGACCAAAACACUGUAAGUCCGUUGUUAUCUUGCUUUCGUUAUAUGACCUAACGUUAAAUAUAGUCAGCGUUUCUCCAACUUCUCCAAUAUACAAAACAACUAGCCCUACCCCUCAAAGAGGCUCUACAAAAAAGAAAAAAAAUUUAAAAAGCUAGUGCAAUGUCUGUGAACCACAAGGCAUACACGCGAAUCCUCAGAGUGCAGUGCUCCAUAGAAAAUAAUAUUAACAAAAAAAGGAACUAAGAAAACAGAAAACAAAGUAAUGGUCAAACAAAAUAUUUAAUUUCGAAAAACUGAAUAUAUCCACAUAAUAUAAAAAAGAAAAUAUGUGACAAGCUCACGCUAAUCGUCCUCCA